ACUAUCUAACCUAAAAAACUGACAAUACAACUCAAUACAGAUGUUUUGAUUCUGUAAUAGGUUAUAUUAAAAUUACAUUUGCAUGUAUUUCUAUGUAAUACUGUAUUAAAGUAUUGCGUAAACAUGACUUCUGCGUUAAUAAGUGCUAUCAAAAAGCUGCACAUUGCCGUGACUCCACAAAUUAGGGUGUUUUCUUCAAGCGUUAGUGCCGUCGCUCCCACAAAUUCGAACAGUAAUUUGAUUAUCACCAAAAAGGACUGGACCUUCCAGCCUCAGUACAUCAAACCUCGUGAAGUAUGGAUUGAAAAUUUAGACACAAUAGAGGAGCAAAAAUUGGGUUUAUUUGAGUUGCAUCCGUCAGUUUACGCAGCACCUCCGCGGGUUGAUAUAAUACAUCAAAAUGUUGUCUGGCAGAGGAAGAUAAGGUUCGUGUCAUGGGCACAUACCAAGACUAGGGCUGAAGUACGAGGUGGAGGUAGGAAACCGUGGCCGCAGAAAGGUUUGGGCCGCGCUCGCCACGGAUCCAUUCGUUCCCCGUUGUGGCGAGGAGGUGGCGUCGCUCACGGGCCGCGCUCCGGCAAAUCUCACUUCUUCAUGCUUCCCUUCCACGUCCGCAUACAUGGGCUGACAACAACGUUAUCAGCUAAACUUGCACAAGAUGACCUGCACAUUGUGAAGGAUUUGGAGCUGCCUACAGAUGAACCUGAAUAUUUAACUGAACUGAUAGAAAAGAGGAACUGGGGACCCUCAGUGUUGCUUGUUGAUGAUACUGACUACGCACCAAGGAACAUAACAGCUGCCGUAGACACUCUAGGUCAUGUGAACAUUAUGCCCGUGUAUGGUCUUAAUGUUUACUCCAUGCUGAAACACGACACCUUGGUACUAACAUUAUCUGCUGCUGAGAAAAUCGAGUCAAGAAUAUUACAUUGGCUGCAUACUGAUACAAGAAAAGAGCAACAAGAAUUCAAGUUAAAUCAAGUGUAGAAGUAUUUUGAACUUGCUUUGCUAAUAACUAUAAUAGAAGUUUUAAAAACA